UCAUCUACGCACUCCUGCUCCCCGGUCUCCUCCUCCAACGGUCGCCACGGCCUCCCCCCACUUCCUCGUCUCUUCUCUACCAAAACCACUUCGCUCUUUCGCCCGUUGGUCUCCUCACCCUCCAUCCACCAAACCCUUAGAUCGAUCGAGUUCUCCACCACCUUCCUGAGUCUCCUCCGCCGCCGAAACCCUAACAGCACUCGACGAGCUACGAUGGCGAAUUAGGGCUCGGACCGAGCUUCCCGAACGCUGUCCGUGGCGGGAGACCCCUGAAUUUUUAAUUUGAGCGGCGGGGACGAGAUUGGGGUUUCGUAAUGUCGGUGGCCGAGCUAAAAAAGCGGCAUGUUGCGGCGAUGGAGACCGUGGACGCUCUGAGGGAGCGGGUGAAGCAGAAGAGGCAGCUUCUUCUCGACACCGACGUUAAAAGCUAUGCUAAGAGCCAAGGGACGACGCCGAUUAGCUUUGGCUCGACGGAUCUCGUUUGUUGCAGGACCUUACUGGGACAUACGGGGAAGGUGUAUUCACUGGAUUGGACUCCUGAAAGGAAUCGGAUAGUUAGUGUUGCGCUAGACGGGAGGUUAAUUGUAUGGAAUGCUUUAACAAGCCAGAAAACGCAUGCAAUUAAGCUAAAUUGCCCAUGGAUGAGGGCAUGUGCCUUUGCACCUAAUGGUCAAUCUGUUGCUUGUGGUGGUCUUGAUAGUGCAUGCUCUAUUUUUAAUCUUACCUCACAAGUUGACAAAGAUGGUAAUAUACCAAUAGCGAGAGUACUCACUGGGCACAAGGGCUAUGUUUUUUCUUGUCAAUAUGUUCCGGAUCAGGAAACGCGCCUCAUUACUGGGUCAGGCGAUCACACAUGUGUUCUCUGGGAUGUCACAACCGGUCAGAGGAUAUCUGUGUUUGGAGGUGAACUUCCAUCAGGGCAUACAGCUGAUGUACUGAGUGUUUCGAUCAAUUCUUCAAAUUCAAAUAUGUUUGUUUCGGGUUCAUGUGAUGCAACUGCUCGACUGUGGGAUACCCGGAAAGCCAGUCGGGCUGUUCAGACAUUUCAUGGACAUGGGGGUGAUGUUAAUUCUGUCAAGUUCUUCCCUGAUGGCCAAAGAUUUGGUACUGGGUCUGAUGAUGGCACAUGUAGGUUAUUCGAUAUGAGGACAGGUCAUCAGCUUCAAGUAUACACUCGGCAGCAUGAUGCCAAUGAUAAUGAUGUCCCCAUUGUUACUUCUAUUGCGUUCUCAAUAUCAGGAAGGCUUUUUUUUGCUGGAUACUCCAAUGGUGAUUGUUAUGUCUGGGAUACACUAGUGGCUGAGGUAGUUCUCAACUUAGGCACCCUUCAGAACUCUCACGAAGGCCGAAUAAGCUGCCUAGGCUUGGCGGCUGAUGGUAGUGCCUUGUGCACGGGAAGCUGGGACAAAAAUUUGAAGAUUUGGGCCUUUGGAGGACACAGGAAGGUGAUUUGAAAAAUCAGCCGUAGAUGUGUGUUUCAUGAUGAGGAUCUCAGUUUGGAACCUAACUCAGACCAGCUUCCAGGGAGCAUAUAGUAUUUGGGUAAAAUGCGGUCUUCUGUACCAUGUAAGCAAGUUGUAAACAUAUGAAGUACUGUAAAUUUCCUUAAAUGCACCACUUGCCACCUUAGGUAUAAAUAGCAUGAGAAUCAACAGCACUGCUCGCAAAAUCAUAAGCACUCAUGAUGUAUCAUUUGAUUCCUGUAACUUCUUUCUUUCUUCCUUGAUACUCGUGGUUUGCAGAAUAUGAUGUUUUCCAGCCGUAGGCUAGAGAAUAUUCAAUCACUGGUAUCCUCUGAUUUUGUAUAUGAUAUGACUCGAUGAUAAAUAAAAUUUCAGUUGUGUCUGGGCAUUCCUGGGUA